AUGGAACAUUCCUGCUUGGAGUCCCAUGCCACAGGACUGGAGUCUGAGCCUGCAGGCCUGAAUUUCAACUCUGCCGGCCACGAUUUUUUCUCCACAGGCCAAGGAUCAGACUCUUUCUGCCAAGAAUUGUACCCGGACUCACUUAAUGAAGAACUUUCCCUGUCCCUGCCAGAUGCCAUGACAGAGACUUUGGUGGACACAUAUGAAUAUCAUCCAACUUCUGAACCAGAAGAUCUGACAGAGACGGAGCAAAUGGAGCUCAAAUCCGAGCUCACUAAAUGGGAGACCGAAAUCUUAACCCUAUGCGAUGUGCUGGCAGUCAAAGAGAGACGCUGUGGGGAGCUCAAGAGGAAGUUAGGCCUCGCGACCUUGGUGGGACUGAGGCAGAAUCUGUCCAAGAGUUGGCAUGACAUUCAGAGUUCCAACGCCUACGUGAAGCAGAAGACUUCAACUGCUUUGUCCACCAUGGGCUCUGCCAUCUGCAGGAAGCUUCAAGACAUGAAGAAGUCAGCCACUUUUAGCUCUUUUGAAGGUCUGAUGGGGACAAUCAAGUUAAGAGCCUCAGGUGGCAGAGAGCUUGAUGGUGACUUCAUUCCUGCUUCAGCAAGGAGUGGUGAUGAUUCACUCCAGAUUCCAGGAAGUGGGGACGAUACUGUUCCAGGUCCUGGAGCGCACCUCCUACCUUUCUCCGAGACAGAAUGA